CUUGUCGUACAAAAACAAAUAUGGCGUCUUCCGCGGAUGUCCACGUCCGAAUCUGUGGACAAGAAAUUAUCAAAUAUGACCUAGAAAUUAAGGCUCUCGUUCAGGACAUCAGGGAUUGCCCUGGACCUCAGUCAACUCUCAUGGAGCUCAACUCGCAGGUCAAAGAGAAGUUCAACAAGCUCAGACUCAGAAUACAGGAUCUGGAGCAGAUGGCCAGAGAGUAUGACAGAGAGACGGACAGACUGUCCAUCCAGGCAGAGACGGAGAGCCAGCGAAGGCAAAUGCUGAGUAACCAGACAGCAUGGAAGAAAGCUAACCUGUCGUGUAAACUAGUCAUCGACAGCACGGAGAAGGACGAGCUGCUGUUUGGAGUCGAACACCAGAGCACCAGACAAAGGAAGGUGACCAAAGAAAGCCUCGUAGAAACCAGCAGCACCAUCACAGAGAGUCUGAUGUCUAUGAGCAGGAUGAUGGCGGAACAGGUGAAGCAGAGCGAGGACACUAUCGGCACUCUGGCCACUUCCUCGAGGACAGUGCAGGAAACCAACGAGGAGUUUAAAAGCAUGACGGGAACCAUUCACCUGGGGAGGAAACUGAUCCUCAAGUACAACCGGCGGGAACUGACGGACAAGCUGCUCAUCUUCCUGGCCGUGGCCCUCUUCCUCGCCACCGUCCUCUACAUCCUUAAGAAACGUCUCUUCCCUUUCAUUUAGCUGCGUGACUAAAGAACUCGCCGAGGCUGCAGGCGGUUAUUCCCCUCAGCGGAAAGUUACCACAAAGACUUUAAACCGGUGCGGACGACACGCAGACAUGGAAGCGGUCCCACGGCUGGACUCGUGCACAUAGAACACUUUUAAUCUCGUUUAGCGUCCUCAUUUUUUUAUUUUAACCUUACGCAAUAUGUGAGUUUAUAAAAUGGUGAACUUAAAUUGAUAUGCUGAGGUUUCAUGCAACAACAGUGAUCGGGAUAAAGCCUCAAAUUGCUUCAAACGUGUCUGAAGGUCAAAUAUUUUAGACUUCUUUCAAAUAGCCUCACUCGAAGCCGGCUGUCAUAGCUUCUUCUUUCCCCGCGUCACAUCCCGAGAGCUAUGGCUGUCGUCUUGAAGCGGCAAUUUAUUGAAAUUUAAGAUAAGAGUGCACUCUUUCAAGCGCUCUCUCAUCGAAGGCCGUCAUGGUGCUGCAGGAGAAGUGUCGGCAGUGGAAAGGAGGAUUGAGAAGUUUUAAUUCCAUCUACUUUUACUUCUUGGUCACAAAGUAAGCGUGAAUAAUAUAGAAAAGCACUUUGAAUUACAAUCUGUGUGUGUGUGUGUGUGUGUAUUCAACAUAGAACAUGUCUGUGCAUCUGUUCUGGACGGCUAUUCCAAAGAUGCCAUUGUUAUAGUUAUUUCCAGUUUACCUUGUGCCUUUCUUCCUUCGGACGUCUGGACAACUGAUUUAAAAAUCUUAUGACUUACCUAUACCGUAAAAGUUGUCUCCCACAUUAAGUCAGAUGUUAUGAAUGUUGAACAAUGUUUUGUUAGAGUUCUAUUUCCAUUUAUUGAGGCAAAUGUUGAUGUGAAGCAAUGACACAGAUGUGCCAGUAGAUGGCAGAAUACCCAAUAUUUACCACCAUCAGAGGCUUUAUUGUUCAUUUGUAUGAAGAAUUAUUUUACAGGACCGGACGGACUAACACUCUUCUCUCUGUCAAGUGACAUCAUUGUAGUUUAUUUAAUUUCAAUCAAAAUGCCUACACCUGUAUUUUGAGACUACUUUAAAUAAAAAGUUACAAAAACAUA